GUGACAAUCCCACUCGUCUAUUUUUACCUCCUGUCAGCUGGUUUCCUCUCGUCUCUCGUCUUUCGUCUCCAGUUGCAGCAGCAGCAGCAGCAGCAGGGACACGUCCGGGUCUCGUGGCUCCGGGACCGAGGUUCUGAGGAGAUUCAGCUGCCAACAUUCAAAGAAGAUGGAUUCACACUGGGAAGGAGACUUUUCCCAACACACACUGCUGAAGCUCUAGUGAGGAACAAGGAAAAUACAAUGAAAACAAAAGGAACAAGGAAAUAAGGAAACCUGAGAAAGAGUGUAUGAAUAAGGAAGAUAUUACAGGAAGUAUGAGAAAACCUCGCAGUAGGAAUUCAAAGUAAGAGGCAAACACAAGAUCUUUGUUUUCUUGACUGAAGAGACAAACAAACAUGAAGCGCUCUCACUCCUUCACCACCCUCAGCACGAUCGCUGUCCAGGCCGGCCAAUCACAGUUGGUCGUUUCUGUCCUCAGGAGCGGCUCUCUGGUCCAUCUCCAGCUGGUCCAGGUCCAACCAGGCCUCUGUGAGAUCGGGUCCAACCAGGAUGAGAACCAGACACUGAUCCAGGAGCAACUGCAGCUGAUGGAUAGACUCAAGAAACAUGAGAGAGAAGUGCUGACGGUGGUGGAGCAGAGGAGGAGGAGAAGGAGGGAUGACGGAACAAUGGAACAGAAGAGGAACAAGAAAAACGAGGAGGAGGAGGAGGAGGAGGAGGAGGAGGUGAACGAGGCCAUGGUGGCGUCGCUGAGCGAGGGAUGGUCGCUGCUCCUUCAUCUGCUCCACAGACGACAGGAAGUCCUGAUGUUUGCUUCAGACUUUUACCGCCGAGCACUGGAGUUUGCGGUCGGUAUCGAGCGAGCGGAGGAUCUACAGUUCAGACCAGACGAAGUGCAGCUCAUGUACGACUCCAUGAGACGAGAUCUUCUGGGGAAAUCCCUGCAGGUUCUGAGCAGCAGCAGCGUUCUGCUGCAGAAGCUCAGACAGCUGCAGAGGGUCGAGGCCCUCCAGAGGAGAGGGGCGGUACUGCAGGACGAGGACGCAGAGGAAGAGAGUUCCCAGUGCGGCGGGGCGGUGGCGUUGAGGCUGGAGGAGCUGGUGGAGAUGCUGCAGGAUCGGAGGAGGAGAGCGGACCAGGCUGUCAGGCUGCAGCUCCAACAGGCGGAGAACGGCAUCAUGGUCCGCAAUAAAGAGCAAGAGUCCAGAUGUGAUGACUGGACUGGUGAAACCCAAAAGUUAGAAUCCGGAUCCAGAUCAGACUUAAAACCUGAAUCCAGCUCAGAUCUUAAGCUUGGAUCCAGCUCAGAAAAGACCAGAAACCAGCAGCCUGGUACCAGAUCAGACCUGCAGGCAGAUUCCACGUCAGCGGAGACCAGAAACCUCGAGUCAGGAUCAAGAUCAGAUGUGAAGCCAAGAUCCAGAUUAGAUCUUAAGACUGAAUACAGAUCAGAAACCAAAGAGCAACCUACUCCCAGAUUAGAGAACAUCAUAGACUUGCAGUCUAAAGUGGAAAGCAAAUACUUGAAGUCUGGAUUCAGAUCGAAGGAGCAGCUGGGAUCUAGAUCUGAUCUGAAGCCUGGGUCUGGAUCAGAGGCUGAAGUGAGCAGGAGGCAGGACGAGACCAAACAGUUCAGACCUGCUUCAACCAGCAGUUGGUGGGUGGAGAGUCAUAGUGAAGAAGACCACGCCCACCAAGUCCUCCCGACCAAUCAGCAGCAACAGCUGCUGUCGUCAUGUGAACAUCUCGUCAAGGUGUGGAGCUGGGUGCAGAGCAGCAGUGUGUUGACCAGCAGCUCUGAAGCAGGACGACAGCUCUUAAAGGCUGAAGAAGCUCUGAACACACACAUGCAGCUGCACACACAGGCUGAGUCUGCAUGUCAUGAUGCAGAGAACUUAAAGCAGAUCCUGGAUCAGAUCCGACCUCCGCACACAGAUCCGACCAGCAGAACUCCCAGUGACGCCGGCAGACAGCUGUCCUCCCUCAAGGCCCUGACAGAGCAGCUGAAGAGAGGUGGCCCGGGAGGGCAGCCCAGUCCGCCUGCUACUGACCCAACUGGUUCACCGGGUCCUGAAUUUACUGCUCGAGUUGAUGUGGUCCUGAAAGAGCUGCACAGUCUGAAGAGGAAGAUGCAUUCGAACCUGCAGCUGCUGCAGCCCUACAUCGCUUUCCUGAGGGCAGCACAGCAGGUCGAGGAGGAGAUGGAAGAAUUGAGGGAGAUGUAUAGACCAGACAAAGAGGAGGAGAGGGAGGAGGAGGAGGAGGAAGAUGGUGGUAGGGAUAUCAGGUCACCACCGAAGAAGAAGGAGAAGGAGCAUGUCGACGCCUGCUGGCAGGAAACGCUGCAGAGGCUCCUCGUCGCUCAGGAACUGGGAAACAACUGCGUCAAGACUGUCACCAUGGUGUUGGGAUCUGGUUCGGACCUGCUGUCUGUGGUGUCAGUGGUCCGGCAGAAAAUCAAGCAGCUCAACAGAAACAAACAGGAAGUGAGCAAGCUGCGAAGUUGCCAUCAAAUCCUAUUGAAGCAGCAGGAGGAUGCAACGUACUGCAAGAAACACCAGGAGAGACUGUUCAAAACGCUGCAGGACUUGAACUGUGUUUCUGAGCUGAUGGACUCCUGCACCCUGUUGGAUCUGGGUUCAGACCUACAAACCUCCAGAUUGUUAGAGCGCUUCAGUCAGGCCAGACCACAUUUUACUCAACUAGAGGCAGAGGUGGAGUAAGUGAUGAAGAGCUGGGAGACUGUGAGAGGAGUCCAGGACCAGGUACAGGGAGGAGCAGUGAAGGAAGAGGACCUGUCAGAAUUGCUGAAGCUCCAGAAGAAAGUGAAGAACAAGGUCCAGCAGAGCGAGUCAAUUCUGAAUCUUACCAGCAGCUUUCACCUCACAGCCAAACAGCUGGAUGCGCUGUUGCGCUCAGACCCUGUUACUAGAUCCUGUGAGGCUGAGCUGAGUCGACACAGAGAAGAACAGAAUCUGAUCCAGGGUCUGUUUACUACGGCUGCAACACUGAAGAUGGACAUCUGCACUGCCGCCGCCCACAGUGACUGGGCAGGUUUCAGGCUGCAGCAGCUGGAGCUGCGUCUUCUCUCUCUCGACUCGCUCUGCGUCUCGUGGCUGAAGGAAGCAGCUCGCCACGAGGAGAGACUCCCCCACGAGGAGAGACUCCCCCACGAGGAGAGACUCCCCCACGAGGACAGACUCCCCCAUGAGGACAGACUCCCCCACGAGGACAGACUCCCCCACGAGGAGAGAAUCCCCCACGAGGAGAGACUCACCCACGAGGACAGAAUCCGCAGAGAGCAGCUGAUCAACCAGCUCCGUGACUCCUUUAAGGAGCUGAAGAAGCGAUUCAGCAACCUGAAGUUUAACUUCCUGAAGAGAAAUGACAGGACCAGGAACACGAAGGCCGUCAGGAACCAGCUGCAGCAGGUGGAGCUGUACGACGAGAAGCUGCAGGUGCUCAGGAAACGCCUGCAGGGUAUGAUCACCCGGCUGGGGUCAGAAGUCCGGGAGGUGGAGGACGUCAACGUACUGCAGAGACAGAUGGGAGAGUUAGAGCGAAGUGUCAGCGAACACCAAAAAACCCUGGACAUGACCUGCAGACUGCAAAAAGCCAUGGGGGAGUAUCAGUUCUGGUGUGAGGAGGCAAGUGAGACCAUCGCUCGAGUCGGGAAGUUUUCCUCAGAGUGUCGAAGCACAGAAGCCGUCAGCAUUCUCUACCGUCAGUUUGAGAAGUUUGUGUGGCCGACGGUUCCCCAACAGGAGGAGAGGAUCAGUCAAAUCAGUGAGCUCGCUGUCAGACUGCACGGGGCGGAGGACGGGCGGCGGUACGUCGAGCAGACGGUCAGUAAACACAUGGAGAUGGUGGCGUCCAUCAGAAAGCUGAGUGACGGACUGAUGAAGCUGGAGGCCAAACUGAAGCUGGAGAACUUCAAGAACGACGGAGAGAAAGAAAUAAAGGAGGAGGAGGAAGUGGAGAGGAGGAGACAGAAUGAGACACAAGAGAAAGAUGAAGAGACAGAAAACAAGUUGAAGGAAAACAGAAAGAUGAAAAAGAUGGAAAAGCGCAGCUCUGCCGACCUGUGUGAGUUGAAGGAGACCGGCCACACACCUGAACUGACCGCUGAGCAUGAUGGGAAGGGGGAUCCUGUGAAGAGGCAGACUGCAGCCAAUAGGAGGCCUCGGUUACAGAAGAGCCGCAGUCAGGAGGCAGACAGACAGACGGUCGUCUCAGAGAGCAGCCACCGACAGCAGUCAUGCAGCGAGAGGUUCACCUCCUCCUUCUGCUCCACCCAAACCUUCAGCCUUUCCUGCUCCCCAGUGGAUGCCAACCGACGGGGUGGAUCAGCAGGUGACCUGUUGGAGGGAGAGCUUCAGCAGCAAGAAGUGAUGACAGAGGACUCGCUGUCCAAUGAUGAAUACGAGUGUGCAUCACCUGACGAUAUUUCACUGCCGCCACUGGCAGAGACACCAGAGUCUGGCUUGGCCCAAUCAGACCUUGAGGAGGGCGUAUGUUUCAGCUCCCAAAGUGGCCACGCCAACCAGCAGAGCCAGCAGUACCACGCCCAGUCAGAGCAGAGUGGGACUGGCACUGCGACUGCUGCAGUCCGACAACAGAGAGGGUCCAGUCAGACCGAGGGGUGUCCAACACCUCCCACCAGUCUUCACAGUAGCAACAGGUUCAGAUCAGAGUCCAGUUCAUUUGUCCAGAGUCCGUUGAUGGUUCCUACUUCAAGAAACCUCACCAGCACUCUGUACAGCAUCCUGCGGACUGAAGAGACCAGUACUGAUAACAUCUCCCAGAGUGCCAACUUCAUCUCCGGAUCUAAACCAGUCCACAAGAGCAACACCACAGAUAGUUGUUACAACAGAGACAAUGAUGUCGAUGACAGGAGGAGCCCCUUAGAGACUGAGGCCUUAUCAAAUGAGCUCAAUGAUCAGUAUAAUCAGCCUCAGAGGAGUAUAAGUACACAGGGUAAAGACACCCAUAACGCACCAUCCAAAAGUGAGACCUUGCCACCGACUGAUCCCGUUACGUAUCCUCCAAAGCUCGAUCAGAGCUCUAUUCUUUCCAAAUCCAGCUAUUGUCCUCAGGACAAGACCCCUCCACAAAGCUUCAAUAUCUUUCCUCAAACCACACUGAUUUGUCAAGACAUCAGUUUUAAACAGUCCUUCCCUGACACAGAAAUAGGCUUUGAUCAAGGUAUAAAUUCCUCACUAAGCAGAAAGGAAGUGUUUCGAGUCUCCAAACCACAAAGGGACAGUCUCGACAGCACCAGUAUGUUCACUGAGCAGAACAUUUAUUUCCAAUCUUCCCAUUCAGACACUUGCUGCACCUUGCCACAGGCUAGCAGCAGCAAGACCUUGUCAAAGAUCAACCCGAUCCCCCAGGCCAGAGGAUUUUCCCUAAGCCCCAGCUUUACAAAUUCUGCAAUCCACAAAGACGACACCCUUCCGCAAGACAUUGGGCUCCACGAGUCCUUGGGAACUUGCUUCCAAACCAGCACAACACUCCCUCAAGACAGCAAUUUUCAUCAGCCUUACCCAUAUUCUAGGGAUGGCCUUGAUCAAAGUGUACCUUCUUCAAAAACCAGCAAGGAAACAUCCUUAGUGAAGAUGCCCCAAAGCAGCAGGCUUACUACAAUAACUACUCUCACCCAACAUACUGCCAGUCCUCCCCUUCACACAUUUGCUAUGUCCCACAGGAUGGGAGCACUCUGAGGUCAAAG